CACAAAGCAUAUUGACUAAUGCCUAUAUAAAUCAAUCAACCCCAACACCCAAAGCCGUCCAGGAGUGCAGAGUACUUUACAUCACCGGGUUGAGGCCGUUGUCUCCAUCUUACAUCCUUCCUAGUACACUAAGUUAGAAGCUGACAUCUUUCCCAGUACAAAACACAACAUUGCCCGGGGCCCUGCUGGCUUGCCAUGCAAUGUCGGCGGCAUGGGGCAUUUCAGGAGUUCACUUCAUUUCUCUGCAGUCUGCGUUCACGCAUAUGCCUCUAUAAUACAUAAACUACAGCAAGCUAUACAAUGAACCAACCAUUAUUCGCGUCGCUCUUAUUCUGGGACGACUGUGCUUGAGCGGUGGAUGCCUUACUUGUCGACUAUAUGCAGCGACAGUAUCAAAACAAUGCAAAACAUGAAUGUAGUAAUGAAGCUGGCUCAUGAUAACGAGCUGGCAUAACAAGCUCACCGGUAAACAAAGGCAACCGCGCAUUGACCGGGGCUUUUCCAGUCUGCAAAGGGCCCGGCGUAGUACCAUGUCGCUGAGCCAGGCGCAAUGGCGUACAUUAGCUCCAGGGCAUGGAGCUGGCUACAGUUGCUAUGGCAUCGCAAUCAGGUUAAGGCCCGCCGUGCUCGCGCCCUUUCCCGUGGCUGGAUGGUGUCAAGCCCGCAGGGCAUGGAGCUGGCUACAGCUGCUAUGGCGUCACAAUCAGGUUACGGCCCACCAUGCUCGCGCCCUUUCCCGCGGCUGGAUGGUGUCAAGCCCACAGGGCAAUAAUAAUAAUAAUAUCUACGCAGGGCACAGGUGCCCGCGUGUCUUAAGGAGGAGUGAGACAAGCUCACCCCACCAUCGGAAAACUUGAUUUCCCUACCCCGGCUCCCCUGCGCGGGGGCCGCCAUUGGCGGUCCCCUGGGUGCGGCCUCCCGGGCGGCAUCGGGUGUUGGCAAUGCCCAUCUCUCGCUCUAGCCGGUAGUACAGGUUUGCGGUGCCCCGGAGUGUGGUGACGCUAUGCAUGUGGAGACGUGUGCAGCAGGCCUUGGCUGCCUGCGGUUUGGCUCCUAGGUCUUUGAGGAGGGUUUCAAGGGUACGGGGGACAGUGCCACCGUGGCCCAGUGUAAUAACGUGUUUAGUAUCGUAGUGCACAGUCCACCCUGCAGCUCGCAUGGCAGUGGCAAGGGUGGCGUGCUGUGCUUGUUUUUGAAUGAGCUUCUCGCUGUGGUGCAGGUCAGAGGUGUAUCCAACUUCAAGGACGUACACUGGGUAGGCCCCUUUGUUGGCUGGUGGGGAUGUCAUGAAGCGUUCUGCUUCGGACCGGGGAAGGUUCGGGAUAAACAGAAUGUCAGGCCGCAUCCUGUUGAGGUCUGCAGCGGGCACUUGCGGGCAGAGCCAUGACGGCGGCCGCAUGCCCGCACAGUACUCAGGCAGUUCAGCUCGGGAGGUGGCAUCCAUUAUCAUGUAGCCACCACCGUUGUGACCAUGGUGUAGGCAUUCGGCAAUCGUCCGCACUGCAGUGUUGUGUUUGGCUAUCCUAGCGCCAACGAGUUGGGGGUGCGCGCAGUGGCCGGCAAUGUGACCUGCGGUGCCACGCUCUGGGUCAGAUCCGCGGCUGCGCUGGGUGUGGGCACAGAGACCACAUUUGUCGCUGUCUCGUAGUUUAAACAAAGCCAGCCGGGCCGGGCAGAUGAGGCCUCCCUGACGAGCAUUCUGUAUGAACCGGCGUAGGCCGUGGCUGGCGUCCGAGUUCGUCAUGUACGCGUUACUGGCGCGUGGGUCAAGGCUGGGUGCUGCCUCGGCCCAUUUCUCAGUGUACAGGGUUUUGUUGGCGUAUCCACCACGGCAGCUGGGGGCCAUUGCCCUGGUGAGGCCCCGGUUUAGGUCCGACACGUAGUGCGUGGCUGUGCUAUCGUCGUCCCUGGUGACCGUGAAGGUCGGCCACCAGUGCCGGGCGAGCGGGUCGUUGUCGGCCGGUUCGGAUACAUCGGCGGGUUUUUCCUGGGUGGCGACGGCAGCCGCCCCUUUAUCGGCUUCCUCGUUGCCGUGUAGCCCGGUGUGCGAGAUCACUUUAAUCAGAGCGGUGGGUGCUCCCCGAGCGUGGCGUGCAUGGAGCAAUGCCAUGAUUGAAUCCAGGAGGUCACGGUGCUUACUCAGAUGCAGUCGCCGAGGCUCGUUAAUUGCUCGUUUGAUUAGGUACAAGCUUGCAACAGAAUCUGAUGCAAUAGUGAGCUUCUUAGUUGCAAAUUCUUUACCUUCGCCACCAAAUUCUGCGAGGGCAGCACGAAUUGCUGCCAGUUCAGCUCUCGUAAUAGUGUUUGUGCACCCAUCGCCAUUUGGAUUCACGUAGACAACGCGAGAAUCGCUGAACCAGGCGCAGGCGCCGGCAACCUGGACUUCUUUGCCAUUGUCAGUUUUGAUUUUGCUUACCGAACCAUCUGUCCAGACAGUGCCAUUCACGUCGUGGGCCAGAGCAUGGUGGGUCUGGAAUCGCGCGUUAGGAAAGCGUCGUGCUUCGUCAGCCAUGGCGUGUAUCGUCUUUGGGUUAGCGUGCUGGUAUUUGGCUUGCUUUAGAAAUGAGUUUGGGAGGGCCGGGCAGGUUGGGGCCGUGGCCGUGUGUGUCCACGUGCGCGGGUCGCUGAUGUGCGUGGGUGCGUUCGCCCCCCGUUUCAGUGUGUCCACGACAUCACCGGAUCGCUAACUCAGUGCACACCCUCCUCUGGAGGGUCUGAUUAUGGCGCUUAGUGAGAUGCUGUCACAGGUUCGAAUCCCGUCAAGAACAGUUUUUUUUGCCAGAUCACAGCGAAGAAGUAGAUAAGAUCAGGGCGCCGCGAAAUUUACAAACAAGGCCACGCCGGUACAAAAAACAUGAAUGUGACAAGGCACGGCGUGAUGCAACAUCAACAAAAUACACCAAAAACACAGGAAUUCAGGCUACCAGGUGUAUCUAUACACCAUGCUUGUCGGUUUUCAAGCUCGAACAUCGCGACGGACAUAUUGAACAUGUAAUUCUGAGCGUGC